AUGUCGGACGAUGAAAGAGAAGAGAAGGAGUUGGAUCUCUCCUCUCCUGGAGUUGUCACCAAAUACAAGAGCACUGCUGAGAUCGUUAACAAGGCUUUGCAAUUAGUACUGUCAGAAUGCAAACCAAAGGCUAAGAUUGUUGAUAUUUGUGAGAAAGGCGAUUCAUUUAUCAGAGAUCAAUUUGGGGAUAUGUACAAGAAUGUCAAGAAGAAGAUUGAAAGAGGGGUUGCAUUCCCCAAUUGUGUUUCUGUGAACAACACUCUUUGUCAUUUCUCUCCACUUGCCAGCAAUGAGGUAGUGCUGGAAGAAGGUGAUAUGGUGAAGAUUGACAUGGGGUGUCACAUAGAUGGUUUCAUUGCUGUUGUAGCACACACCCAUGUCCUUCAGGGAGGACCAGUGACUGGUAGCCAAGCUGAUGUUAUUGCCGCAGCAAAUACUGCAGCAGAGGUUGCCUUGAGGCUUCUAAGGCCGAGAAGAAAGAAUAAAGAUGUAACAGAAGCAAUUCAAAAGGUUGUUGUUGCCUAUGACUGUAAAAUCGUUGAAGGUGUCCUUAGUCACCAGCUGAAGCAGUUUGUGAUUGAUGGAAACAAGGUUGUAUUGAGUGUCUCGAGUCCUGAGACUAGAGUUGAUGAUGUAGAGUUUGAGGAGAAUGAAGAUUAUGCAAUUGAUAUAGCCACAAGCACAGGUGAAGGCAAGCCUAAGCUAUUAGACGAGAAACAGACAACUAUUUACAAAAGAGUUGUUGACAAGAACUAUCAUUUGAAGAUGAAAACGUCAAGGUUCAUAUUUAGUGAGAUAAGCCAGAAAUUUCCUAUCAUGCCAUUUACAACAAGGGCUUUGGAAGAGAAGCGUGCUCGGUUGGGAUUGGUAAAAUGUGUCAAUCAUGAUCUGUUGCAACCAUAUCCUACUUUUCAUGAGAAGCCUG